AGGAUGUAUGGGUCAUUUUGACCAGUCAUUCCCUCGCUCUGGCAUCCCACAAUUUUUCCGCCUCCCUCCAAAAGAGAUAAUAAUAUUUAGAGGCGUUCGCUGGGGCUGAAUGAGAAUUAGCCCUAGGCGCAGCCCAUCAUUAGGACGGGACAGCGGGCCACUGUGACAUUUUUUAGAAAGCUGAGAUGAUGGAAAGAAUAAGAAAAGAGAUGAUUCUGAUGGAGAGAGGGCUGCACAGCCCCACGGCCGGCAAGCGGUUCUCCAAUUUGUCCGAUUCGGCUGGCAAUGCUGUGCUCGAGGCCCUGGAAAAUUCGCAGCACCCGGCUCGCCUCAGCCCGCGCCUGCCGUCCGCCCCCCUGCACGGAGCUCUGGGAGACCUCCCUGCCAAGGGCAAAUUCGAAAUAGACACUUUGUUCAACCUGCAGCACCCGGGCAGCGAAAGCACCGUCUCCUCCGAAAUUGCCUCCGCCGCCGAAGGCCGUAAAAAGCCGGGUCAUUAUUCAGAGGCGGCCGCCGAGGCUGACAUGAGCAGCGACGUGGAGGUGGGCUGCUCCGCGCUGCGCUCCCCUGGCGGCCUUGCAGCCGCGCCGCUCAAGGAAAACAAUGGCAAAGGGUACGCGGAGAGCGGCUCUGCCGCGGGCACCACGACGUCUGCGUCGGGCUCUGGCCUUGGCAGCCUGCAUGGAGGUGGCGGCAGCGGCGGCGGCGGGGGCGCGGCGCUGGGCGGCUCCGGCUCGGGCGCGGAUCAGGUGCGGCGCUACCGCACGGCGUUCACCCGCGAACAGAUCGCGCGCCUGGAGAAGGAGUUCUACAGGGAGAACUACGUGUCGCGGCCCCGCCGGUGUGAGCUGGCCGCUGCGCUCAACCUGCCUGAAACCACCAUCAAGGUGUGGUUCCAGAACCGGCGCAUGAAGGACAAGCGGCAGCGCCUGGCUAUGUCGUGGCCGCACCCGGCCGACCCCAGCUUCUACACCUACAUGAUGACGCACGCGGCCGCCACCGGAAGCCUGCCCUACCCCUUCCACUCGCACGUGCCGCUGCACUACUACCCGCACGUGGGUGUCACGGCUGCGGCCGCCGCGGCUGCGGCCUCCGGCGCAGCGGCCGCGGCCUCGUCGCCCUUCGCAACUUCCAUCCGCCCGCUGGACACCUUCCGUGCCCUCUCGCACCCCUACUCGAGGCCGGAGCUGCUGUGCAGCUUCCGCCACCCGGGCCUCUACCAGACGCCAGCGGCCGCCGCGGGGCUCAACAGCGCGGCCUCGGCCGCGGCGGCUGCAGCAGCUGCAGCGGCUGCGGCCUCCUCGGCCGCGGCGGCCGGGGCGCCCCCCAGCGGCGGCUCCGCGCCCUGCUCGUGCCUCAGUUGCCACAGUAGUCAAUCCGCCGCGGCGGCCGCAGCAGCCGCCGCCGCGGCCCUGGGCUCCCGGGGUGGCGGCGGGGGCGGCGGGGGCGGCGGCGGCGGCGGCGCGGGGGCCGCGGGGGGCUCGGACUUCGGCUGCAGCGCCGCGGCGCCUCGCUCCGAGAGCGGCUUCCUGCCCUACUCAGCGGCUGUGCUUAGCAAGACCGCCGUGAGCCCGCCGGACCAGAGGGACGAGGCGCCGCUCACCAGAUAA